UUCAACAGGCGAUGCCGCCGCUCUUUACUACACGCGAACCCCCGCGAAACUUUGUUGUACAUUCAUACAGUUGCAGAACUGUCAAGCUCAGAAGAGUAUGGCGUUCCAUCAUGCAUCGAUAUUUUUCGCAUUGAUAUUCCUAUGGUUAAUAUUAGCAAGUGGAAAUGCCUCCCCCUCCAGAAGUCAAUCGUUAAGGUCGAUACGAACGAUCAAACAACGAGCGUUCAAAGAUAUGGACCUAUUAGUUGCAAGGGGUUAUGGCAAAAGAAUGCCUUUGUCGACGGCGAGAUCAUAUGGCAAGAGAGCGGUUAACAUGGACAACGUCAACAAUUUUCUUCUGGAAUGGUUGGAACUAGAGUCACGUAUGCGGAACAUGGGUUACCCGAGGAGUAUUCGCAAAGAGGAGGACAUAAUAAUACCAGAAUGACUUAUCCAUUAGGUCUCUUCAAUAAUUCUUAUUAUUGUGAUCAAUUCGUCAGUGUUGUACCCCCUAAACUUAUGUACAAUUCAAUUAUAAAUUGUAAUGUUAUUAAAAAUUAUUCUUAGGAUAAAUAUUCUAGAGUCUGUUUAAUUUGUGUUGUUUCUUGUGUUUGCAUAAAGACUAUGUAUAUUUUAAUCAAAUUAGUACCUAAAUAAAUGAAGUUAUUAAACGCGCA